UUAAUACUUUAAUAACUAUAGUAAUUAACUUAUACCAGCUUUAGGAAGGAGAAUGAUACUAAAAUACAACAUCUUAACCUGAUUGUUCUGAUAGGAAGGCUUACUAUUUUUAUUAUUCAAGGAAGUAAACAAUUAAUAAAACUUAAGGUUUGGAUGCAAUAUUUUUGCCUAAAGGUUAGAGAGAACGUAAAAUCACAACAAUGUCACAUGACAUGUUUGCAGAAUCUGAGCCUAUGCAGGUAACUUGUACACCGAUGAAAGCUCCUAGGACACCAUCUAUGACUCCUACAAGAUCAGGCAGAAGACGACGGCCUUCCAUAUCGGACCGGGCUCCCAAACCAGAUUCCAAGUACUUCUCACAACCUGUUCGUACAGAAGACUUUUACGACCUAAGGAACAGACUAGUCCCCUUAAAUGACAAUGAACUUUGGUUGCAAUAUGGCAUAAAGCCAAGCCCACAAAUAAGAUCCUCUGUCAACUUUCAACCCAACCUACGAGAGGAAACAACCACCUCAACAAAGGAAGAAGUGAAACAUGAUAUGGCAGAGAGACAGAGACUUAAGGAGAAAGUUUUCAAUUUUGCUAAGUGUUUGAGGAUGUUAACCCUCAUAAUCAUCAGUGCGUUUUUAGGGGCGUGUUGUUAUGCUUAUAUAGAGCAUAACCUUUUGUUUACUGACAACUACAGGUGUCAUCCACAAAUAGAACAGGAUGUUCAGAUGAAAGAGUCAGAGGAUUCAACUUAUUCUUCACAUCUGGAAAGCUCAGUGGUUCGUCUCUCAGAAGAAUUAAAAUAUUUAAGAAAUCACUGCAACAAAAUUCAGGAAAAUCAAAGUAGUGAAGUAUUACCACACCCCCAAAGAGGAGUUUUGGAAGAACUACUGGUGGCAGACUUGGUCAGUGCUGGCAACCUAGGCUCUGUGUUAGCCACGCCGCAGACCAUCACAUACACUGUGCCUACGACCAUCACUCUUCUAUGGCUGUUCUCCUUCACUGUACAACUGAACCAUAGAUCACCCACAACUACUAUUGAGGGGUUGAUCCAAGAGGUGGGAGACUGUUGGCCGUUCCUUGGUAGCCAAGGAAGACUCGUUUUGAAGUUACACAGAAGCAGUCAUAUCACUGGGGUGUCUAUUAGUCACAUACCUUCCUCACUCAUCGUAUCUGGAGAUAUCAGCUCAGCUCCUCGGAUAUUCCAGAUGUGGUCUCUUAGUCACAUACCUUCCUCACUCAUCGUAUCUGGGGAUAUCAGCUCAGCUCCUCAGAUAUUCCAGAUGUGGUCUCUUAGUCACAUACCUUCCUCACUCAUCGUAUCUGGGGAUAUCAGCUCAGCUCCUCGGAUAUUCCAGAUGUGGUCUCUUAGUCACAUACCUUCCUCACUCAUCGUAUCUGGGGAUAUCAGCUCAGCUCCUCAGAUAUUCCAGAUGUGGUCUCUUAGUCACAUACCUUCCUCACUCAUCGUAUCUGGGGAUAUCAGCUCAGCUCCUCGGAUAUUCCAGAUGUGGUCUCUUAGUCACAUACCUUCCUCACUCAUCGUAUCUGGGGAUAUCAGCUCAGCUCCUCAGAUAUUCCAGAUGUGGGUAUGUAUCUUAUAG